AUGGCUGCUGAAAAGAUCCUAACUCCAGAAUCUCAAUUGAAGAAGGCUAAGGCCAACCAAAAGACCCAAGAACAAAUUGCAGCUGAAAGAGCUGCUCGUAAGGCCGCUAACAAGGAAAAGAGAGCUAUUAUCUUAGAAAGAAAUGCUGCUUACCAAAAGGAAUACGAAGCUGCUGAAAGAGCUGUCAUUCAAGCUAAACGUGAUGCUAAGGCUGCUGGUUCCUACUACGUCGAAGCUGAAAAGAAGUUAGUCUUCGUUGUUAGAAUCAAGGGUAUUAACAAGAUCCCACCAAAACCAAGAAAGGUUUUACAAUUAUUAAGAUUGAACCAAAUCAACUCUGCUACUUUUGUUAAGGUUACCAAGGCUACUGUUGAAUUAUUAAAGUUGAUUGAACCAUACGUUGCAUACGGUUACCCAUCUUACUCUACUGUUAGACAAUUAGUUUACAAGAGAGGUUACGGUAAGGUCAACAAGCAAAGAAUUGCUUUAUCUGACAACGCCAUUGUUGAAGCUAACUUAGGUAAGUACGGCAUCUUAUCCAUUGACGAUUUGAUCCAUGAAAUUGUUACUGUUGGUCCACACUUCAAGCAAGCUAACAACUUCUUGUGGCCAUUCAAGUUAUCUAAUCCAUCUGGUGGUUGGGGUGUUCCAAGAAAGUUCAAGCACUUUAUCCAAGGUGGUUCUUUCGGUAACCGUGAAGAAUUCAUUAACAAAUUGGUUAAGUCUAUGAAUUAA